AUCCCGUUCAGUUCCUCGAUGGCCGCUGCUUAGUUCGAACCGUGUUUUUCUUUUCGUCGUAAUUUUAAAUUAUUUUUGGCUAAUUUCACAACAAAAAUGACUACCGGAAAAGCGAUUCUGCCACCCGAUCCACUUUUCAUUUUCAAUAAAAAUAUGGGACACGUUCAUUCUCUAUGUUUUCCACAACGAAACCCGGAUUAUUCUGAUCUACUUCUGGCAGGGACCGAACAAGGAAACGUAUAUUUCCUAGACUUAGAGUGCAAUCGGGUGCAACACAGACAAAAAAUGGGUGAAUCAAUUCAAGCCAUUCAUUCAGUAGAAUACGAUAUCAUAACACAGGAAAAAAGCGGUUUGGUCAAGCUUUGGUCAAUCGAAAAUAGUACAAGUUACACAGUACAAAAAACCUUUGAAUCAUAUGGAGGAUUCUGCAAAAGUGUAAUAUUUAAUCAACAACUAGUUUUACCACAAGAAAACGGAACUCUGGAUACUAUAAAUUUAGACACUUUUGAGACUGUUAACAAAUUCCUACCUAAAGAAGGUGAAUACGUAGGAAGCCCUAUGUGCCUUGAGACUUUUCAGAUUAAGGGAACCAAGUAUUUGCUUGUCGGAUAUGAAGAUGGUCAUAUUAUAUUAUAUGACUUCAUCACUGCCAAAUUAUGCUGCCAAUUGAAACUGAAGGAGUUUAUCACCUCCAUUACUUUCGAUCCGAUUACGUGUAGAGGAAUUGCUUCCAACUCAUCAAACCUUUUACAGUUAUUCAGGCUUGAUUUACAACAAUUCGAAAUUAUUAAUCAAGCUGAACUGACGCUUUCAUCGACUGGAUGCCAAGUCGUGAGAUUUAGACCUGACCAUAAACUGUUCAUGGCAGGAGGAUGGGAUGGCAAACUGAGAGUUUAUUCGUGGCGAACGCUUAGAGCCCUGGCAAUCUUAACACAGCACAAGAGGCAAAUAUCUGACAUCCAGUUUUCCCCUAACAUCGUACGAUAUUGGGACUCAAAAAUUUUUGCAACAGGUGGCGCAGACGGUACCAUUUCACUUUGGAAUGUUUAUCAUUCUUAUACGUAUUAAUAAUAACAAAAUAUUGUUAUGUUCAUAAAACUGAUUCAGUUUCAUACUUAUCUCAUAUCUAUCCGUUUCAUUGUUUUUUCUUGGGAUACAAUAUUUUCGAAAAUAAGCGACUUUAAAGUCUAUUAUUUGCCUGAUAAGUAGUUUAAUUCACGUUCACUUUUUAUUAGCCUUACAGAUUCUAGUUGCUUACCAGUAUUUUUCCCAAUUUAACCGAACAAACUUAACAAAAAUUCCAUAUUUCAGAAACGUUUUGGCUUUAUAUGUUCCUUUAAAGAACGUUUCUCUAUUAUGUUUUACAUCGAUUAUCAUUCAAAGUUGGUUAUAUUUAACAGUAAUAUUACUAAGAAAACAAUUACAAACUGAAGUCCCAAGAAUGAAACUAAAACCCAUGUUUUUCUUCUGUUAACCAAACCGAAAUCUCGAAAAUACAUUUAUAUUGCAAAAUGUGAUAUGUCAAUUUUCUGGUCUUAAUUUGUUAUGAAUAGACUGAUGAAAAAGAGUAGUUAACUCUGGUCUUUAAGGAUAUACUUAGAGCAGUUACAUCGAUAUACUCUUCACACAGAUAACACGUUGUAUCUCAUUUGUGUCUCAUUUGUGAAAAACAUAUGUAGCUUGUUUAGCCAUCUCUAAGUAAAGUCCUGAAAGCAA